AUGAUUUGCAAAGUUAGGUCCAGUAGGCCCAUAGCCCAACGUACUCAAGCAAUCCCUUCAACCCUUUCUCGGCUCGCACGCCCCAUCCAUGUCCGACGAUCACUCCCGCUUCCCACUUCAUCUUUGCCACUCCCAGUCCCAGAGGCCCCUUGGUUCAACACGUCCACUCCCUCCAUCUACCGCCCCAUCGCGCCCCUACCAUCAACGCCCCUGCCUCCAACACCGCCGCGAUCGUUCUCCGAGUUUGUCUUCGUGUUUUCUUCCAUGGCGCUGGUGCGUCGGGCUAUUCUACAUAAUGGGGAGAAAAGUGGUGUUAAAGAUCCAGAGACCCUAGUCUAAAGAAACUUUUUGAAAUUGAC